AUGUAUUGGCAGGCGGCCAUAUCAUGGCUUGCGGUGUUCCAGCUGGUCGGUGGCAGCUUCCUGCUGCCGGGGGACGUGCGGCCCUCCCACUACGACCUGCGUGUCACCUACGACCUGGAUCCUGCCACCAACUACUCAUACUACGGGGUGGUCGAUAUUCUGCUGGCAGCCAACAAGCCUACAUCUAAGAUAAUACUCCACGCUAAAGAUUUUAACAUCACUAGCGAGUCAAUCCUUAUUUCGGGUCAGCAGAACCCGCCGACGGCAAAGUCAGCGAUAAUAAAUAGCACCUACGACUUUCUGACUAUCACCCUGGACAGGAUGUUGGACACUGACGUCAAUUACACUGUCACUAUACCGUUCUACGGGAACUUAAAGCAGGGAUUGGAUGGAGUCUAUAUCAGUUCUUACGUGAAUCGGUUGACUAAAGUAACAGAGUACCUGAUAACGACUCAGUUCGAAGCAAUAUCGGCCCGCAAGGGGUUCCCAUGUUUCGACGAGCCGAUGUACAAAGCCACUUAUCGUAUCACUCUGGGACACCACAAGCAGUUCACGGCCGUCUCCAACAUGCCGCUCAAGUCCAGGAUCGAGGAGAAUGUUUUGGAGAAAUAUUGGCCUUGGCAAAUCGUACAACAGAAGUUCGGGAAGAAUAUAUCCCAGUUCGUGUGGGACGAGUUCGAUGAGUCAGUGCCGAUGUCCACGUACCUGGUGGCGUUCGUGGUGUCCAACUUUUCGCACGUGGAGAGUCCCGCCGAUCUCUCCACCACCAAGUUCAGGAUUUGGGCUAGGAGCGACGCGAUUGAUCAGACCUCGUAUGCAGCGAACAUCGGUCCUCGUGUGCUGACCCACUUCGAGAAAUUCUUCAACGUGUCGUUCCCGCUUCCGAAGCAAGACAUGUUUGCGAUACCUGACUUCUCCGCCGGCGCCAUGGAAAACUGGGGUCUCAUCACCUACAGGGAGACCGCUCUGCUAUACGACAAACAACAAUCCUCUUUCUUGAAUAAAGAGAGGGUGGCUGAGGUGAUUGCCCACGAGCUCGCCCAUCAGUGGUUCGGCAACUUGGUGACGAUGAAGUGGUGGUCGGAUCUGUGGCUGAACGAAGGGUUCGCUACAUUUAUGGCGUCCGUGGGCGUCGACGCCGUGGAGCCCAAUUGGAGAGCGGACAGGAGUUAUGCGGUCGAGAAUAUCAUGUCUAUUCUUAAACUGGACGCCUUGGAGUCUUCGCAUCCCGUAUCAGUGCCAAUUGAUGAUCCAAAGCGUAUCUCGGAGAUCUUUGAUACUAUCUCUUACAAGAAGGGGUCUACUCUCAUAAGAAUGAUGACCAUGUUCCUUGGGGAAGACGUCUUCAAAAAGGCCUUACACAAUUACCUCAUCAAGUAUUCAUACAAAAACGCGGAACAAGACGACCUGUGGCACGAGCUGACGCACGUGAGCCACAUGCACGGCAGACUGGCCGGCAACAUGACGGUGAAACAGGUGAUGGACACGUGGACCAAGCAGACCGGCUACCCGAUCCUCACCGUCACCAGGGACUACACCGAUCAGUCGCUCACUAUAGCACAGAAACGUUACCUGUCCCUGAGCGCGCGGUCGGGCACGGGCUCCUCGUGGUGGGUGCCGCUGCGUGUGCUGUGCGAGGCCGACGCCGCCGCCGCCGAGGACCUGCAGUGGCUCAGCGACACCGACGGAGUCUCCUCGCUGCACCAGUUCAAGCACAACUCCCAACCCGAACAGUGGGUGUUGUUCAACUACGAUAUGCUCGCUCCGUACCGCGUCAACUACGACAAGAAGAACUGGAUGCUGCUGUCGAACGCCCUGAACAGCGACCGGUACACGUCGGUGCCGGUGCUGGGCCGCGUGCAGCUGCUCUCCGACGCGUUCGCGCUCGCCUGGACCAACCGACUCGACUACUCCAUUGCUCUCGAAUUGGCGAGUUAUCUGAAGCGGGAGAACGAAGUGCUGCCGCUGACGACGGGUCUGACUGCUCUGGGCACAAUAGACAAUGUCCUGAGCAGGUCCCCGGAGUAUGGAGCCUUCCAGAAGUACAUGCGGCGACUGAUCACGGACACGUACCAGCGCGCAGGCGGACUCGCCGUCAAGAAAAUACUUAACGGAGACAACUUGAAUAGCGUCAAGUUGCAGGUGAUGACGUCACAAUGGGCGUGUCGUAUGAAGGUGCCAGGAUGCGAGGAGAACGCCAUCGAGCUGUUCCAGCAGUGGAUGGAUACCAGCGACCCCGACAAGGAGAACCCCAUCCCGCUGGACCUGCGCCGCACGGUGUACUGCGUGGCGCUGCGCCGCGGCAGCGUGAGGCACUGGCGGUUCGCGCUGGCCCGCAUGCAGCGCGCCAACGUCGCCGCCGCCAGGGACAAGCUCCUCGGCGCGCUGGCCUGCACCAACGAGCUGUGGAUACUGAACCAGUACCUCGAGUGGACCAUAACAGAAGGCUCGGUGAUUCGCCGCCAGGAUGCGGCGACUGUCAUAGCGUCGAUCACGCGGUCCACCAUCGGUUACUACGUCGCUAAAGAGUUCAUAUAUGACCACAUCGCUGAAUUACAUAAAACGUUCCGCGGACAGGCGAAUCGAAUAGGUGGCAUUGUUAAAAUACUCCUCGAUCAAUUCACCACGCAGCGGGAACUCGACGAGUUCAACACGUGGCGCGAGAAGCACGCCACGUACCUGUCGGAGGUGAAGCUGGCGGUGCAGCAGGCGGUGGAGCGCGCCGCGGUCAACAUCGCGUGGGUCGCGCGCCACCGGCAACACCUCGCGCGGCUGCUGCGCGACCACGCUAUAAAACUUCAAACGCCGCAUAUAACCAGAUGGAAAGGACAGCCCAACUUUAUGCUGUCGAUAUUUGCCAUACACAAUAUAUCCACAGCCGGUGUGACACCAUUUAGACAC